UCCUGGGCUCCGCUGUGUUUUCCUAUUCUGGGGUGCAGGGGGUAGCUGAACCACUCCAGCCUGGGACUGCUAGGAAGGUUGCGGGUCCGCCCGGCCGAGCCGAACGAGGGAAAUGGUCCUCAUCCGGCCACUCGCCGGUUGAAAAGGGGCCGCCCUGGCAGGGAAGCGGCAGCCGCGGCGCGGUGCAGCGGCGAGAAGGGGUGCGUUAUCGCCUUGCCCUGCUGCUGAAUGUCCGUCCCGGAGGAGGAGAGGCUUUUGCCGCUGACCCAGAGAUGGCCCCGAGCGAGCAAGUUCCUACUGUCCGGCUGCGCGGCUACCGUGGCCGAGCUAGGUACCCGGCUGCCCACGCCUGGGCCUCCCUGGCGAGUGGCACGCGCCGCGCUGGGGGAGGGAGCGCGGGCGGCUUGGCGCCCGGCAGUGCGCAUCGGAGAGGUCGCCCCUUCCAGGCCCGCCUGGCGGAGGUGGUGGUGGAGGCCAGGCCCGCGGUGGGAGGAAGAGGGAAUGAGGUCUCCACGGCCUUUUCCUUCUAAUCUCGCCUAAUGCUUCCCUUAGGCAUGUGCUGUGGUGCUUGAAUGUUGUACUUUGAGAAGCCUUGCCAGCUGUCAUUCCUCUGUAGGAAUCAUUUUCCUUUUCAUGAGGAUGACCUUUUUAAAAACGUAAUCUGUUUUCCAUCGUUACUGAGAUAAUUUCUGUAGUUUAUAGUCUUACACAGCCACACUGGCAUUAUCUUGUGGGUCCAAGUUGUGGACCUACCUUGUGGGACUUCCGUUAUUAACCUGCCACUCACAGAGCAUUGACUUAAGCAUCCGCCAGUUACUUGACCUCUCUGAGUGUAAUUCAUCUAUACUGUUUGCCUUCCAGGAUUCUGAGAAGUCAAUAAUAUAUGAUUGCUAAAUCCAAGGCAGGACACCAAUUAGUUGCGACAUUUUCAUAAUUACUACAAUACCAGGGACUGUUGAUAUAUAUUUGAAAAGACCCAGUUCUGACCUUCUUACAGGCUGCUGGGGAGACAAAGAGAAUUAUAAUGUGCACUUGUUAUAAUGAAGAUAUUAUUAGGUGUCAUAGAAGCAUAGAAGAGCAGCUACAUCUGCCUAAAUGAGUCAGAAAAAACUUCAAGAGGCCAUCUAGAGUGGAAUGAUGAUGCCCUUGAAUGAGCAAGUAGCGUUUAUUCCAAGGAUUUUCAACCUUUCCCCUGGAUCUCACAAAAACUCGACUCCAAAUGCAAGGAGAAGCAGCUCUUGCUCGGUUGGGAGACGGUGCAAGAGAAUCUGCCCCCUAUAGGGGAAUGGUGCGCACAGCCCUAGGGAUCAUUCAAGAGGAGGGCUUUCUAAAGCUUUGGCAAGGAGUGACACCGGCCAUUUACAGACACGUAGUGUACUCCGGAGGUCGAAUGGUCACAUAUGAACAUCUCCGAGAGGUUGUGUUUGGCAAGAGUGAAGAUGAGCAUUAUCCCCUUUGGAAAUCAGUCAUUGGAGGGAUGAUGGCUGGUGUUAUUGGCCAGUUUUUAGCCAAUCCAACUGACCUAGUCAAAGUUCAGAUGCAAAUGGAAGGAAAAAGGAAACUGGAAGGAAAACCAUUGCGAUUUCGUGGUGUACAUCAUGCAUUUGCAAAAAUCUUAGCUGAAGGAGGAAUACGUGGGCUGUGGGCAGGCUGGGUACCCAAUAUACAAAGAGCAGCGCUGGUGAAUAUGGGAGAUUUAACCACUUACGAUACAGUGAAACACUACUUGGUAUUGAAUACACCACUUGAGGACAAUAUCAUGACUCAUGGUUUAUCAAGUUUAUGUUCUGGACUGGUAGCUUCUAUUCUGGGAACACCAGCCGAUGUCAUCAAAAGCAGAAUAAUGAAUCAACCACGAGAUAAACAAGGAAGGGGACUUCUGUAUAAAUCAUCAACUGACUGCUUGAUUCAGGCAGUUCAAGGUGAAGGAUUCAUGAGUCUAUAUAAAGGCUUUUUACCAUCUUGGCUGAGAAUGAAAGGUAAAAGAGUUCUUCAAAUUCAGCUACAUACCACCAGCUCUCCCAGCCUCAGACGGUGGGCAUUUCUGGAUGGAUGGCUGCGGUUAUGGAUAAAGGCUGUAACUGUUAAAAUAGAAAAACAUGAAGCUCAGGCCCAAGAAAGCCUUGGAGCCAGCUAAACAGAAUUGGUUCUGAUGGACAUGGAUGAUGUUGAACAGAAAAGUUUACAAGUGCUUUGUGGUUGCACUAAUGUAUACUCACUGCCAUUUUAAGAGGGGGAAGUACACUUUAAAAUAUAUUUGAAUGUCAUGUACUGAUAUGCAGUAGCUUAUUGUUUUUCUAGUUGCAGAGAAUGUGAAGUUUAAUCUCUUAAAAUAUUUAGAUGGUCUACUUUUUCAUUGAAUUUGUCAAUAUGUAAUUGCAUUGUAAAAUAUUAUAUAUAUAUAUAUAUAUAUAUAUAUAUAUAUAUAUAUAUGCUUAACUUCCCAAAUGUUCUGCAUUGAACUACUUUGGGAAAAUUUUGUUUUUUUAUGUUUUGUAAUUUUUAAAAUUAAGUAAAGACUGGAUCAAAAUAAUUACAUCCAAACUGGACCAUGAACAAUUGAUUUAGCUUUAUUCUUUGGGGGGUUGGGGAGUUGGGAUGAAAACACUGCUUAUGCACUGACAUCAUGCCUUGGGAUCUGGAUCAACAUGAAUUUCAGGAAUUUUUAACCUGAAAUGACUCCUUGAGAUUAUCUGAUUAACCUUCCCAUUUCACAUGUUAGUAAACUGAAAUUCAGAGAAGUAGAGUUGUUUAUGCUCAUGAGUGACUUAGUAGCAGAGCCAGGAUAAAAACACAGUUCCCCUAAUUAAUAUGAUUAUUAUGACUGAGAGUUAUUGUUCACUAAUUAGGUACCAAGGAAGGCUCUUAUAUCAUGGUCACAACCCAGUAAAGUCUUCUAAAAACAGAUUUUUCCUUAUGGCAUUUUUAUGUCUCAUACAUUUUAAAUGAAUCUGAAUUACCUCUAGCAUACAUUUUAGAAUGGAGUCACCAUGCUUUAGCUUGAACAGUAAGACCUUCUAUAAUCUAACCAAAUCCAGUAUACCCAACACUCAUCCAAUCACAUUCAUAAUUUUCUGAUGAAAUCAUAUCUACUGAUUAUCUUGGAACAUUGCUUAUUUUUGCCAACUUGGAAUCAUCAACUCGUUUUCCAAAAUAAUUCUCAGUAAAUAAAAAGGAUUAAAAAUUUCAGUAAUUUUUGUGUCCAUACUCACAGGCUUAAGAAUUCCAAACUCACUUACUUAUUAUAAUACCA